CUCAUCUGUCCCCUCCUCAGUGGGCAGUAAUGGCAUGUAUUGUAAUCAGCCUUAUCGCCCAGUCACGCGUCCCUCCCACAGGACAGCCAGUUCGUGUUGUGUAUAAAUGAGCAGCGGUCGGUUCCUGGCGGUCCAUUUUUCGGCUCUCAGGGGGAUUUUGCCAACUUCCGUUUUCUUUUUGCUUUCGCUCUUCCAUGCGGUGAGUGCGUGUGAGCAGAGCGCGCUUCAGUCGUUCCUGGGGAAAAAUCAGGAAAGCUGUACAAUAUCAGUCAUGGCCGCCAUCAGCAGCUCAAACACAGCCUUCGCCUUGGAGCUGUUCCGCACUCUGAGCAAAGAGAAGCCCGACGGAAAUAUCUUUGUUUCCCCGCUGAGUAUCAGCUCGGCCCUUGCUAUGGUUUACCUGGGUGCUAAAGGAGACACUGCUGCACAGAUGGGACAGACACUCUCAUUCAGCUGUGGCGAAGGCGUCCAUGCAGAUUUUGCAUCGCUCAACGCUGACAUCAACUCACCAUCCGCAUCAUACAUCCUGAAACUAGCCAACCGUCUCUAUGGAGAAAAUACUGCCAACUUCCUCCCGGAAUUCCUCAGUGCCACACAGAAGUAUUACCAGGCAGACCUGAAGGCGGUUGAUUUCAUCGGAGCUGCAGAGGCGUGCAGAGGGGAGAUCAACAGUUGGGUCGAGCAGCAGACAGAGAAUAAGAUUAAAGAUCUUCUGAAGCCAGGAACAGUCAGUGCUAUGACAAGGCUGGCUCUGGUUAAUGCCAUCUACUUUAAGGGAAACUGGAUGCACCGCUUUGAUGAGGCGAACACCAAGGAGAUGCCCUUCACUGUCAAGAAGAAUGAGAAAAAGCCGGUCCAGAUGAUGUACCUGAUGAAGAAGUUACCCUACAACUACAUCGACGAGCUGGGUCUGCAGAUCCUGGAGCUGCCGUACGUGGACGACGAGCUGAGCAUGUUCAUCUUGCUGCCUGAGGUGUCCAAAAACGGCCCUGACCCUCUGCUGAUGCUGGAGAAAAAUCUAACACGUGAGAAGCUGGAUGAAUGGACCAACAGGGAGAAGAUGGACGUCCACACAGACAUCAUCGUUCACCUGCCCAAGUUCAAGCUGGAGGAAGACUACGAGCUGAACGAGCCCCUGUCUAAAAUGGGCAUGACGGAUGUGUUCUGUGGGGCGAAGGCAGAUUUGUCCGGCAUGAACGGUGAGGGAAAUCUCUUCCUGUCUGCCGUGGUCCAUAAGGCCUUUGUGGAGGUGAACGAGGAGGGGACGGAGGCGGCAGCAGCCACAGCAGGCAUAGUGUCAUUCUGUAUGCUGAGAGAGGAACACUUCACAGCGGACCACCCCUUCCUCUUCUUCAUCAGGCACAACAAGACCAAGUCCAUCCUCUUCCUUGGCAGGUUCUCGUCUCCUCAGUAGACAGAACCAGAAGAGGAAGAUGUUGGGCCAAUUCAAAUAAAUAAAUCAAAUCAAAUAAAAUUGAUUGCCUUAUAUUUUGGGAUGUUUUGCGAAUUUAAAGGAACGGUUCAGCCCAAAAUGAAAAUUCAGCCAUUUUCCACUCACUCCCACCCCGAUGGGAUUACAUAAAAACAGAACUGAUAAAAGGUAAAAUGGUAAUAAUAAAAUAAUCAAAGUCUCCAGAAGCCUGAUAUCCCAAACUGCUUUGAAAAGACAUAUUUUACACCACUCACGCUUGAGUCUUAGCUGCCACAGUCAAGCUUUAUUCUUAAAAAGGCUGUAAUUAACAUCUUUUCAAACACAUUUGGGAACUCUUGGCUUUAUGAGACUUGGUUACCUUUUGCUUUUUUUUUUUUUUUUUUACCUUUUUAAAUGGCAAAAUGAUUAAUGGACUACAAAACUUCACUCGCCCCUCCUUUGGCAGGGGGUUGAGUUUGAAUGAAUUUUGAUUUCUGGGUGAACUCUUCCUUCCAGAACGCCUUUGUAUUUUUUUUUCCCAGGUGGGUGGGGGGGUGUCCUGCCUUUGCACUGAAAUCAUAGAUGUAGCUAUUCAAAUAAAGGGGUUGUAAUACUGCAAUAAAUUCUAGUGAUCAUUCUACUUAGGUGAAAAAUAAAGCUCCACACGUGUUAAAAUGGAGAGGACUGCUUCUGUUUGCUUCAGAACACGGUAGUUCAAAUGAAAUGUGUUCAUGGCAAAGUUUUUGGAUUACCCACAGGAUCUGGGACAGUUUCUUGAAAAGCACAUUUUUGAAAUACCAUUUCCAUUCUUUAUGCAUUCCACUCAAAAUGCAACACAUCACAGUUGCAUUGGCCUGGCAAAUAAAAUAUCAGAGACAUAUUUCAAAUCCUCAUGGCACAAAACGAUACCUCCUCUUCAGGUAAGAUACCUGGAAGGUGGAAGAAGCAUUUUUAUUUUUUUCAAUUUAAAUUGAUUCUUUGUUUUUGUAUAUUUUCUGCUUUCGGCAACAUCAUUCCCGACAUAAUUAUAUCUGGGUUUUAUUGUUGAAUAUAUGUAAUCAUAUAAAAAAUAAAUGCUGGUAAGUGCUCUCUCAUA